AUGAUGAAGAUCUACACCGGAUGGUUCCUGUUCAUUGCAACCCAACUCGGGGUCUCCGUUAAAGUUCAUCCAAUGUACGAACUAGAACUGUCAAAUUAUCAAGUCGUUCAUAAAAGAACAUAUAAUGGUCAUCACGCUGGCUUGGCCAUUGACAAGAAUACUGCAACUUAUUCCAUCGCAUGUGGAAAUUGUAACGACGUCUAUGACGAAGGACCUGCUUGGUGGAUAAUUGAUCUGCAGAAGAGUGAGCCCAUCUCGAAAGUUGUCCUCAUCAGCAGUCAAGACCUCUUCACCGACAUGGGGAAGGCUGUGUGUAGCAGUCAACCAGAGCAGAAAAUGCCAUUAUGA